CUGAAUCCUUUUGCUCAUCUGGCCGUCGACAGUCUCCCUCCCUAUUUCCUUCCGCUGGCGACCCACGCGCCGGCCGGCCGCCUCCCGCCCUCCUCUUCUUCUCGGCCGGCAACUGGAGUGGCCGCACGCCCAACACCCGCACCGGCACGCCGCGCGCCCGCUCCCGACGGCCCGAGGCUCUUCCUCCUCGGCUUCUGGGCGGUUGGAGCCGCACCGCCCGCACGCGGCACGCCCACGCUGACACGCCGCGCUCAACGCCCUAGAGCACUGCCUGGACCCCUAGUUUUGGUCAGGCAGCAAUGGCGAAAUAGCAGGCGACACGGUCUUUCUUUAAAAGCAAAUUUUGAUUCUAGCAUUGGUGGAAAAUGUGAAUCAAAGGCAUAAUAAUUUCUCUCUCGAGUGCUUCCUUUUUACAUAUCGGAAGUUUCUUCAGCUAGUAUGCAGUCUGUGUCAAAGUUCGUUAAGAUUAUAGUGCCGGCUAGGAGGCUAUCAGGAUCUAUCAGUGGUACAGCUGUGGGUUCUAGUAAGAAGGUAUGCGGUGCUGAAAAGCUUGCUCUGCUGGUCCAAAGCUGUUCAGAUGUUCGGUCUCUAAAGAAGCUGCAUGCUCGUGUUUUGGCACACGGACUUGGCUGGGAUGCGAUCCUUGGAUCUAAGAUUCUUGGCUUGUAUGCACAUUUAGGCGCCUUGCCCGAUUCAAGGCUUGUUUUCCAGAGUAUUGUGAAUGGCGAUCUUGCCCUGUGGAAUUCUGCCAUGGUUGAUUAUUUCAGAGCUGGUUACUUGGAGGAAGUUAUUCUUUUGUACAGGAGAUUGAAGUUGCUUCAGUUUUGUUUGAAUGAGAAAGCUAUUACAUUUGGUUUGAAGAGCUGCACUCAGCUCAGGAAUUUGUUUUUGGGCAAAGGAUUGCAUGUAGAUUCGCUGAAGCUUGGCCUGAGUGGGGAUAAAUUUGUCGGUUCCUCGCUGAUUGGGUUAUACUCCAAGCUUGGCAAGAUUGAUGAUUCACAGCGAGUGUUUGAAGAGAUCUUUGAGAAGGAUAUUGUUGCUUACACUUCAAUGAUCUCUGGCUAUUCUGAUGUAGUGGAUUCGUCUGCGUGGAAUGCAUUCGAAAUUGCCAGUGAAAUGAUAAGGAAUAACUUGGAAGUAAACCGUGUGACACUGGUAAGCUUAUUGCAAGUUGCUGGGAAUUUGGAAGCCUUCCGACUGGGUAAAUCAAUGCACAGCUAUGCCAUAAGAAGAGGAAUUGGCGUCUCAGAUGAAGUCCUAGAGACAAGCCUUGUUGACAUGUAUGCUCGAUGUGGAGCUUAUCAAUUAGCAUAUGCUCUUUUGAACAAUUCGAAGGGAACCGUGGCUUCGUGGAACGCUGUGCUUUCUGGUCUUACUAGAACUCAAAAGAGUAGGGAUGCAAUCCAGUAUUUUUCUGUUAUGCUUCAUCAUCAUAAAGUAACUCCAGAUUCAGUAACCUUUGCAAAUGUGCUUUCUGCUUGUGCUGAAUUAUGCUAUUGUGGCUAUGCUGCUAGUAUUCAUGCCUACUUGAUCAGAAGAACUAUAGCCCUGGAUCUUGUUUUGGCCACUGCUCUUAUCGAGGUGUACUCCAAGUGCAAAAGAGUUGUGAGAUCCAGGCAUCUCUUUGAUCAACUGACGGUUAAGGAUGCAGUCUCCUAUAACGUGAUGAUACAUGGUUAUCUGCAAAACGGCCUGGCAGAUGAAGCCACCACAUUACUCAAUCACAUGAUGAAAGAAUGUAUUGCACCAAAUUCUGCAACUGUUGUUUGCCUGCUCGCAGCUUUUGCUGAUCAAAGGGAUUUAGUAAGAGGAAGGUGGAUUCACGGAUUUGCAAUUAGACAUGGCUUUUCUUCAGAUGUGGACAUUGCAAAUCAAAUUCUGCAUAUGUAUUCAAUUUGCAGAGAAAUUGUCGCAACAAAGAUUGUAUUUGACUCAUUGGAAAAGAAAACCUUGUUUUCAUGGACAGCCAUGAUGAAGGGGUACUUAUCUUUUGGGUGUGCAGAUGAGGUUGUUCGAUUAUGUCAAUUAAUGCAGCAAGACGGGGAGAAGCCCGAUUCUGUCACUCUUAUGUAUGCAGUUCAGGCUGUUUCUGAGCUUGGACAUCUGAAGGGUGUAAAAGAAAUUCAAUGCUUUGUUUACCAUGCCUCCAUGGAGAAAGAUACAAUUACCGCAAAUUCUUUGAUAACUGCAUAUGCUAAAUGUGGAAGGUUGGAUUUGUCAGAAGCUCUUUUCUUCAGUAUGGAACACAAAAACCUGGAUUCAUGGAAUGCGGUGAUCAGUGCUUAUGGGAUGCAUGGAUUUUAUCUUAAGGUUCUUGAAAUGUUUCAGCAAAUGGAAGAGGAAAAAAUUAAGCCUGAUGAGUUAACAUUCACUUCUGUGCUUUCUGCCUGCAGUCAUGCUGGCCUUGUUAAGGAGGGUUGGUGUAUUUUUCAGUCAAUGAUUUCGCUGUAUUCAGUUCAUCCACAAGAAGAGCACUAUGGUUGCAUAGUUGACUUAUUGGGUCGGGCAGGACAGUUAGAAGAAGGAUACAAGUUUAUAAAGCUAUUGUCGUUGACUGAUAAAUCAAGCAUGUAUUGUGCUCUCCUCUCUGCUUGCAGAACAUAUGGAAAUACACUGCUUGGGCAUAUUAUAAGCAAAGAGCUCCUUGAGCACGGACCACAGGACCCAGGUACUUGUGCUUUGAUUUCAGAAGUGUAUGUACAGGAAGGACAGUGGAAUGAAUCUGCUAAUUUAAGGGCUAGCGCUAACGGAAGCGAUUCAAAGAAACUUCCUGGCUCUAGUUUGAUGGAAUCAGUCUAGGAAGUAGGGAGGGUGUUUUGAAGCCCAAGCACACAUGCUCCUGCAAUCUGGGCUGCUGGAAAUCGAGUCGAGGUCUGUAGAGGAAGAUGGAGUUCUUGCUGGCUCCUGUUGACAGGUAAAGUGAUGUUCAAGCUGUGCCGUAGUUCAUUUGCCUCCCUAUUCAGGCAUAUCUCUUAUUCUCAGGGAGAUGCAACCAGGUUCCCUUUUCUUGAAGCGAUGGGGGAUGGUGAGACCCCGAUCGAUCCAUGUGAUACAGUCGACGCGAGCGUCGUCGGUGGAGCCGCAGCAGAGCCAUCAUCAGUAGGACUAUUGCAGAUGACAGGAGCGAUCCGCGAACAGCCGGCGAGAUUGGAAGGGGGCUCUGACUGUUGUCGCGGGAACGGCAGAAUCCAGUGACAAAAUUCCCUGAUUGGACGAAGAGAAUUAGAGCUGGUUCGGUUCCGCCAGAAAGGACCCAUUGUCCGAGCAGAGUAGGCACCCUGGAGAAAUCUACAGGGGGGUUCGCAGAGAAGAGAGAACCCGACAGAAAAUGUCAUCAAACCUGCUCUUGGCACCAGCUUCAACUCCUUGAGGCCUUGUUCGGUUGAGGUAGUUUUUGAAGGGGAAUGGCAGGGUUUGAGGGGGAUUAGAUCCCCUACAAGCCAAAAUCCUCUCCAAUCCACUCCAAUCCCCUUGGGAGGAGGAUUAAACGAACAAGGCCUGAGCGAGUUUUAUGACUUUUACAAUCUUUAUUCUUGGGAGAAUUAUUUUGGAAUCAGAUAUGGGAAAAGCAGGUCGAAUGACACAGAUGACAAAAUGCAUGCAGAAA